UUGAUUUUUUUAUUCACUUAUUUUCAAUUCUUUGAAGUUGGUCGAGGGAUUUAAUAAUACAUUAAUACUCCCAUUUUUAUGUAAAAGUCUACACUCCAGAGAGAAUAGAAUGUGGGUAUGCUUCCUCUUUUCUAUAUUUAAAUGUGGGUUUUUUGGGUUGCGAAUGUUGGACCCUGCAUGCAGACUGAAAAUCUGAUUAUUUGAGUUCUUUCUCUUUUGGGCUUUUUCUUAUUGAUCUGAUUGAAUGUGGGUUUCAUGCAAUUUUAUGCUGUCGAUUGAAGAAGUUUUUGGCAUUGAUUUCUAUAAAAUUGAUAUAAGAGAGCGAUUAGAGAGAAAAGGAGCUGUAGAAUGGUGACUCAGGCAAUGGGAUCUCAGAGCGGUUGUGUUAACCGAGCCCAAAUCCAAACUCAAGAGCCGAAAUCGAAUUCAUUGGCUAGCCAGGGAUCAUUGUAUAGCCUCACUCUUGAUGAGGUGCAAAAUCAAUUGGGAGAUUUAGGAAAACCAUUGAGUAGUAUGAACCUCGAUGAGCUUCUUAAGACAGUGUGGAGUGCUGAAGCUAAUAAUCAAGCAGUGGAAGGCAUUGGUUAUGGGCCCAACGAGCAGCAGCCUGGUCAGCGGAUGUCGUCCUCGUUGAAUCAACAGUCGAGCCCCACGCUGUUGAGGGAUCUGAGCAAGAAGACUGUUGACGAGGUGUGGCAGGAUAUUCAACAGGGACAGAAGAAGAAUAACCUUGACAGGAAAGCUACUCUUGGAGAGAUAACAUUGGAGGAUUUCUUGGUUAAGGCAGGAAUUGUAGCUGAGUCGUCCCCUGGGAAGAAAAGUUUGGGCUCAGCGGUCAGACCUGUUGAUCCAAUGGCAUUGCCACAGCAAGUUCAGUGGACACAUUAUCAGUUCCCUUCGAAUAAUCCACAGCAGCAACAGCAACAGAACAUGCUGCCUGUAUUUAUCCCGGGCCACUCACUUCAACAGCCUAUUCCUAUCGGUGGAAACUCGAUGUUGGAUAUAGCUUAUCCUGAGACCCAAAUAACCAUGUCUCCGUCCACUUUAAGGGGAACUUUAUCGGACACACAGACACCUGGAAGAAAGAGGGUUGCUUCUGAUGGUAUGGUUGAAAAAAGUGUCGAAAGGAGGCAGAAGAGAAUGAUCAAGAACAGGGAGUCGGCUGCAAGGUCUCGAGCAAGGAAGCAGGCUUACACCCAUGAGCUGGAGAACAAGGUUUCACGUCUGGAAGAGGAGAAUGAACGGCUUCGGAGACUGAAGGAACUGGAGAAGGUGUUACCUAGUAUACCGCCACCAGAACCCAAGUAUCACCUGCGCAGAACGCGCUCGGGCCCUUUCUAGGCAAUGUGCAUUUACUAUGUUAUGUCAUCUUAAUGAUUAUGUACCAGUGGUAGUUAAACUUUUCGAGUGAACCCUUUUCUUGUUUGUACAUUUUUUAGUUGCGACUUGAAAUUUGAGACCGAUUUUAUUUGGAUGCAUUUCUGUCCUCGAUUUUGGCCUUUAAGAUGGACAUUUUAUUAUUAUUAUUAU